CACCUUUGUUAAAGAUUGUUAUUAUUAUAAACACGCCUCCCGCGUGAAAGUAAAACCCCAAACAUCAUAAGAAACAUACAAACAGAAGUCUUCUGGCUUCACAGCCGAUUUGUGAUGGAGAACAAGAAGAAGGUCAAUCAUGGAAAUGAAGGUCGUGAUUGUGUUCUUCCUGUACAUAGCCAAGUAGUGAAGAUCAAGAAAGAGUUUGAGAAGAUUCAUCAGCCGGAGAUGCUGAGGGUGCUACGCCAUAUCACAGGUCGACGACGUUCCCGUUCUCCCCUUGGGUUAGGGCAGAGAGACAACAGACCCAUCACCGUUGGGAAUUGAUAACAAAGAAAGAGAGAUGGAGAUAGGUUAUUUUCUGUGUAUUUUAGGCUUCCUCUUUUGUGUUCAAUGUAAAUAUUUUUAGUUAAUGUCAUGAGUUACAUGAUUUGCUUCU